AUGACGUGGUUGCUGGAGACAAAGAGGUCCAUGAUGCGGUCCUGCUUUGUGAAUUUCUUCAUGGCUAUCCGCCUUCUUACGAAGAUCCUACAAGAAAAGAGCGUGGACUUCCACUUCCUAGGCGAGGAUGUAGACCCUGAUGAGAUGAGAGCAGCAUUGGGCGGUGUGGCUACAGGCUUGGCCGAGCAGCUGACAACUAUCACCCAGGAGGUGAACAAGAUCCGCGAGGAGCUGUACGGCGACAACGGCAUCGGCGGAAUCGCGCAGGAGCUUGAAAAGAUGAAAGCCGGCAGCCUGGGCAGCCUCCUUGAGGAUACCGACCUUACCGGGAUUCCUGGGAUCUCCGAAGGACGUGAUGGUCUGAGACAGAGGCCAGCAACAGAAGCUAGGCCAGCGAAAGGCGGAGGUCGGGGACUUCCCAACUCCUUGGAGCGCGAGCGGAGGCUGGAGGAACUCAGGCGGCGCAUUGAAGACCGGCAUGCCAAAGAAAAGAAGCCCGAGGGCCUGGGCUUCAUGGAGUGGCUGGUGAUCCUCUUUGUCAUCUUCGUCGUCGCUUACACGGCUCUGCCCUCCUUCCGCCUGAGCGUCAAGCAGACGUUUCAGGAGCUAGUCCUGGGGGAGGUGCCUGAGCCAAUUGAGGAGGAGAUCCCGGACUUGGGCGCUGUGGUGGCUGGACCUGAAGUCUACUAG